AUUUUUCAGGAGCAAAGAAAUGCUCCUUGUCUACCUCUUUGUAAUCCAUUUUAACUUUCCUUUUCCCCUUCCGUACUGCUGAAACUCUAAUGCCAGCUCUCAUUAAAAAAAACCCAGAAAAUGUUGCCGACAAGCUCUGUGUUGAUUUCGGGGAGUGGCGAGAGGGAAGAAGAAGAGAAGUGCAGAAUGCUGAGAAAUAGUGGUUUUGGAGAUCAGAAAUGGAGAGAGAAGAUGAUGGAAGGAGAAGCAAGAACUGUUGAUUGUUUAAGGGGAAGAUUGCUUGCAGAGAGAGUGACUUCAAAGGCUGCAAAAGAAGAUGCAGAUCUCAUGGGUAAAAAGCUGAUAGAGCUAGAAAGGCAGCUACAGCUGGAGAUGGAAUCCCGGAACAGAGUGGAAAAGAAGCUGAAACUUGCUACAAGAAAGCUACAAUCCCUGAAACUUUCAGCUGUUCCAAGCCAAUCCAGUUCGCCUGAGAAAAGCGAAAGCUCUGCUAGUUCAUCCACAGUUUCCUCAGGCCUCCAAAAGCAAGAAGAAGAAGAACAGAAAGCCGAUUUGCAAACAGCAGAUUCAGGAGAAUGGGGCAUGGAUCAGAAUGCAGGGAAGACAACUGAUGUGCUCUUGAAUGUGGAGGGUUCCAGACUAGACAACAAUUCAGUUUCUAAUUCAGAACAAGCAGGUGAAUCUAAAGAGGUCCUUAGCUCCGGAGAGUCCGCGACAACAGCUGAUGCUAUCAGACAGUCUUCAUUGGGUGGAGAAGAGCUGGGUAAAGCACAAGAUGGGGAGGAUUUCGAAGGCGAUCUUUCUCUUGCAUUAGUUCCAGCAAGCAUGUGGCAUGAGAUCAAAGCUUCUGAACCCCGCUUCAACACUAACGCCCAUGAUGUUCUUGUUGCUCUGCAACAUGCCAAAGCAAAACUGCAAAGUUCAAUGGACAGAAUAGCGAUUCAAUCUCGCUCCUACGAGUUGUGUGGUGUGUAAAAGACAUUAUUCUUACCAGAUGUGCUGGAUAUUUUCUAUAUGAGAAUUGUCAAAAAUGGUGGUCCUCAGAAAAAUGCUGGCAAAACUAGAGGGCACUUCUCCUUCAUUACUCAACAGUGGCACAAUCAUGUGUCCUUGUUCACCAUCAGGAUGUUAGAAGGGCUCAAGCUUUAUCAUAGCCAGUAGAGAUGCCAGCAGUAAUUUUUCAAUAACCAUUCAUUUAUUUUUAUCAUUUCAACUUAGGCCUGUA